AUGAAAACACACCAUUUCUUCCUCCUCAUCCUCCUCCACCACUUCCCGGCCCUCCCCGCCGUGAAAUACGAGGCGAUCAACGACGCACAACACACUCCGGGAGGGGCUCGGUUCUCAUCCGAGAUCGGAAUCCCAUACACCGAAGAGAUCAUGAAAGACAUCAACCACUUCAUCUACGACAUCUUCCAGCAAUACAACGAAUCCGACCGCAAACCCGUCGACACCGUCAUGGUCUUCAUCCAGCAAUACGACGGCGCAGAGGCGAUCACCUACGGCGAAAACAUCAACGUCAGCGCCCUCUACCUGCAAGGCUACGAGGGAAACGUUAAAUGGGAGUUCACCUCACUCCUCCACCGCGAGCUCACGCACGUGUUCCAGUGGGACGGCGAGGGGGCGGCGCCGGUGGGGCUGGUGGAGGGGAUGGCCGAUUACAUGAUACUGAAGUCGAAUUAUUUUCCGGCGGGGUUUGCGGAGGCGGGAAAGGGGGAGAGGUGGGACCAGGGGUAUGAUGUCACGGCGAGGUUUUUGGAUUAUUGUGAGGGGUUGAGGUCGGGAUUUGUGGCGGAGAUGAAUAAGAAGAUGAGAUAUAGUUUUUCCGAGGAUUAUUUUGUGGAGUUGACGGGGAAGCCGGCGGCGGAGCUCUGGGCGGAGUAUAAGGGUAAGUAUGUUGUACAUUAA